GUGUUGUCAUUACAGCAGAGUCUGGUCGUUCAUUUCUCACUCAGUCUUGAAAGGAGCCAGAGGAAGCGUCUCGGGAAAGAAGGAAGAAGAGGAACUCCAUCGGCAGGAGGAAGGAAACGUCCUUUACUCUGGGCAACGGGAGAGAGCUCUGGGACACGGAGUUACGUCUUCUGCCGCUCGAUGCGUCUCAUAGGCGCUGCUUCUUCUCUUGUUACUGUUUCCGUUCAUUUCACCGACUUUCCCAACCUCUGUCCGGCGACGGACGCCCAGCUUCCGCGGGAUGAGCGAGAGUCCGGCUCCCGUAGCUUGGUGAUCAAAGUCUAAGACCCUCUGUAGGCGUUAGCCGGCGAGGGAGCGAUCUCGAUUAUGUUUUGCUUCUAAAAGUUCUCUGUUCAGAGUGAAGAGUUCGUCAACCAUCCGUCUUCAUCACGAUUGCUUGAAGGAUUUCGAUAUCUUGGCCGGAAAAAGGUGGAAGUUUUUGAGGGGAUGAAAGCGACCGCAUUAGUCGAUUCUUCUGGUAUCUGAAGCCUGUAAAUGCUGAUCGAGCAUCUUGAGUAAAACAAGGAAGUUGGAGGUUAGCGACGCAUAUAUAUUAUUAAAGAAAAAAAAAGCAGAUUCCUGAGAGGUGGCAGCAUUCAGUGUUUUUUCGUAGUCUCAGUACUCAGUUUUCGAGUCAUUAUUCCAGGAUAGAAGAAAACCAUCAUUGUAGGACUUUUCUUUAUUUAAGAGUUGCUACUUUGAAGAGGGGAUGAUUUGGAGGGAGAAAAGGAGAGGGAGCUUAAGAAAAACUCGCAGGGAUGGUGACACUUUGCAAUUAGUACAGCAAAAUCUCAUCCAUUGGUGAAGUUUUUCCAGCCUGAAGGAACGUGUACUUUGGGGAGGAAAAGGAAAGAAAACUUGUCGAAAGCCAAAGGAGGAGUUGAGGAAGAGUCUAGGGGUUGAGUAUCUUGUCUGGCCGCUGUUUUGAUCAGGGAAACUGCUGAAGGCAUGAUGAGCGUUACUUCCUGUAAGGAUUCCAAAGGUGCGGCCAUAGACCCCGGGAAGUACGUUCGCUACACGCCUGAACAAGUGGAGGCUUUGGAGAGGCUUUACCAUGAGUGCCCUAAACCAAGCGCCAUCCGGAGACAGCAGUUGAUUCGGGAGUGUCCCAUACUGUCGAACAUCGAGCCUAAACAGAUCAAAGUCUGGUUUCAGAAUCGAAGAUGCAGAGAAAAACAGCGGAAGGAGGCCUCCCGUCUGCAGGCUGUGAACAGGAAACUGACGGCCAUGAACAAGCUUUUGAUGGAAGAGAACGACCGUCUCCAAAAGCAGGUGUCACAAUUGGUGUAUGAGAAUGGGUAUUUUCGCCAGCAGGCUCAAAAUCCAUCCGUGGCUACGACAGAUACAAGCUGUGAAUCUGUGGUGACUAGUGGUCAACACCACUUGACAACACCAAAUCCUCCUAGGGAUGCUAGUCCAGCUGGACUUCUUUCAAUUGCUGAGGAGGCUUUAACAGAGUUUCUUUCAAAGGCUACUGGAACUGCUGUUGAGUGGAUUCAAAUGCCUGGGAUGAAGCCUGGUCCGGAUUCCAUUGGAAUCAUUGCUAUUUCACAUGGUAGCUCAGGGGUAGCUGCACGCGCUUGUGGUCUUGUAGGCCUAGAACCUGCAAAGGUUGCAGAAAUCCUCAAGGAUCGGUCUACGUGGUUUCAUGAUUGCCGAUCCAUGGAUGUUUUGACAGCCCUAUCUACUGGAAAUGGUGGAUCCAUUGAAUUAAUAUAUAUGCAGACAUAUGCACCGACAACCUUGGCACCUGCUCGUGACUUUUGGUUGCUGCGUUACACUUCUGUACUGGAAGAUGGUAGUUUGGUGGUCUGUGAGAGAUCAUUGAGAAGCAACCAAGAUGGUCCAAGUAUGCCUCCUGUUCAGCAUUUUGUUCGAGCAGAAAUGUUUCCAAGUGGGUACUUGAUAAGGCCAUAUGAAGGGGGUGGCUCGAUAAUUCAUAUUGUGGAUCAUAUGGACCUAGAGCCAUGGAGUGUACCAGAAGUCUUGCGUCCUUUGUAUGAAUCACCAACAGUUCUUGCUCAAAAGACUACAAUGAUGGCUUUACGUCACUUACGGCAGAUUGCACAGGAGGUUUCUCAUGGGACUGUUGUUGGUUGGGGCAGACAACCAGCUUCUUUGCGUGCCCUUGGUCUGAGGCUGAGCAGAGGUUUCAAUGAAGCUGUAAAUGGAUUUCCAGACGAUGGAUGGUCCCUUUUGAGUAAUGAUGGGAUGGAUGAUAUAACAGUCCUUGUCAACUCAUCAUUCAGCAAAAAUAUGGGCACAAAUUUUCCAUCUGCAAAUGGAUUUUCUUCUGUUACAAAUGCGGUAUUAUGUGCAAAAGCGUCAAUGCUCUUGCAGAACGUACCUCCUGCUUUGCUCAUAAGGUUUUUGCGUGAGCAUCGAUCCGAAUGGGCUGACAGUAGCCUUGAUGCCUAUUCCACAGCAGGCCUUAAAACUGGCCACUGUAAUCCAACUGCAUCACGGAUGGGUGUUUUUGGAAGUCAAGUUAGUUUGCCGUUGGCCCACACACUUGAGCGUGAAGAGUUCUUGGAGGUAAUUAAAUUGGACAAUGGUCAGAGUCCAGAAGAUGCAAUUAUGCCCAGAGACAUCUUUCUCUUGCAGCUUUGCAGCGGUGUGGAUGAAACUGCUGUUGGGGCUUGUUCUGAGCUUGUGUUUGCGCCGAUCGAUUCAUCAUUUGCUGAUGAUGCACCACUUCUGCCCUCUGGCUUCCGAGUCAUUCCCCUUGAUUCUGGUGUUGAUGGUUCCAGCCCUAAGAGGACCCUUGAUCUAGCUUCUGCCCUUGAGGUUGGGCCAACUGGCAAUAAGAUGUUUGGCAGUCUGUCAGGGAGCUCAUGCAACAUGAGGUCUGUGUUGACCAUUGCAUUUCAGUUCACGUAUGAGGAGCAUCUUCAGCACAACGUGGCAACCAUGGCCCGCCAGUAUGUUCGAAGUGUAAUUUCAUCUGUGCAGAGGGUGGCCAUGGCAUUGACUCCAUCUCAACUCAGUGCACAUCCUGGAAUUAGACCACCACUUGGCAGUCCUGAAGCACUUACACUUGCUCGCUGGAUCUGCCAUAGUUACAGGCUUCAUUUGGGUGCAGAUCUCCUUCGGCCUGCCAGUGAAGGCACAGAGUCUAUCCUUAAAACACUUUGGCAUUAUUCUGAUGCUAUCAUGUGUUGCUGCGUGAAGCCUGUGCCAGUUUUCACUUUUGCAAACCAGGCAGGCCUUGACAUGCUGGAGACUACCCUGGUUGCACUACAAGAUAUAGCACUCGAGAAAAUAUUUGAUGAAAACGGGAGGAAGGCUCUCUGCACCGACUUUGCACAGAUAAUGCAGCAGGGUUAUACAUAUUUGCAAGGUGGGAUGUGCUUCUCGAGCAUGGGAAGGCCUGUAUCUUUUGAGAAAGCAGUAGCUUGGAAAGUCCUGAAUGAAGAAGAGAACACCCAUUGCAUCUGCUUCAUGUUCAUGAAUUGGUCCUUCAUUUGAAAUCGCCACAUAGUCGAAUGCCACUUCAACCUGCCAAGAAAAAGCAAAACAGUGUUAGACCAUUCUGUUCAUGAAAGUGGCAUCCUUUUCUUUCUUAGCCUUAAAAUAACUGUAGGAAAUACUGGGUAUGCGUAGCGGGUGAGAUUACGGUUCCCCUAAAAGAAAAAGAAAAAAGAAAAGAGAAAAAGGAAGAGAGAAGAAGAAGAAGAAGAAGAAAGAAAGAAAGACAGAUUUGUUCAGUUGUUCUAUCAGAGAAGAAAAGAAAGCUAAGCUUACUUUAGUAUCAUUACUGAUACUUGUAAAUCGGGAUGCAUAUCUAUUAGGGUGCAUGUCAUACGGAUUGUUGUAUUGCUUUUGAUCAUGGUUUAAUGACAAAGAUGAUACUUGUAAAUUUCUCAAAGUUACGAACGGCAAAUAGUUUGCAAAGACACCAAGGAGAGAGCAGUCUGGAGAUAUCAGCCAGGAAGUAAUGUUGGGGAUGUGAAUGUUGCUCCGUCGACAUGCUAUUUAACAACUUGUCUACAUCGUUGGGAGCGGGAAGGUGUGCGUCUGAACGCUUUUGUUGGCAAUGUUCAAACUUCACCUAACAAGGAACUAUGAGGUAUCAAGAAUCCUACGAGUGCUUCUGCCCCAACAGCAUUAAAAUGUUAUAAAAGUGGCCAACGUGCAACUUGUUGAAGAUCUCCAUGUGAUUUCUUUGUCGUGUUGUUUCUAGCUUUUUCUUGGAAGGUAGUGAUUUCCUUUACUGCU